GUCUUGGUCGAAACAGAAUAUGCAGUACCUGCAUCGUUGUUAGAUCAACAGAUAAAAAAUAAACAAAUUAAUGGAGAUGGAGAUGAAAUACAAGAUGUUUUACAUUAUACUUGGACAUGGGUCAAUUUAGAAUCUUUAUUGAUUAUGAUGUGA